AAAGGAGUGAAAGCUUUCCAACUGGUCAGCAUGUUUAGUAGAGACUUGAGACCUGAUUCUUGGUUCUUCGGCUUUCUGGUCGGUAGUCUCUCCAGGAGUCUCUUUGCCUUUGCAGCCCUUGACAAGAAUCAGACUUCUAAAGGUUUUGUUCCUGUCACGAUUGAGACCUCAAGACACAUGUACGAAUAUGUGGCCACUGCGUUGGACUGGUGGCAUGCAGACAGAUACUGUGAACAACGCUUUGCUCAGUUGCUCGUUGAACCCCGAGACAGUGAGCAAGCUUCCUUUAGCAAACUGCUGCAGUCCCACCACAUCAGAGGUUCUGUCUGGCUAAAUGAAAGGGAUGGUGUCCUGCCCAAACCAAAGCGGAGACGGGACCACAUUGUACCAGUCCUGGUAUUCGGACACAAAACAGACACAAAAUAUGUGAAGGUGCUCUCUGACUUCCCAGCACUGCCUGCUGUCACAGCCUGCUCCCACCUCCAGUGGGACACCAGGACCCAGGAGAUUGCUACCAUCUUCUCCUAUGCUGUGCCGGCUUUUAUUAAUGAGUUCCAGCUCCGAGGCUUUGUCGACGAGGAAGGCUUUGUUCGAUUUGCUCUCAUAGUCCACGGGCACCAUUCCCCAUACCUGCCUGUGUUCCGUGCUGAUAGACAGUGGCAUCACUUCUGUGUGACCUGGCAGCAGGAAAACGGGACCUGGGCCAUCUAUGCCGAUGGUAAAAGGAGGGCAUCUGCCAGCGGUUUGUGUGCUAUGGGGCCGUCUGCCCCCCAGGGCAUCUAUGGCCAGGGGACCUUCAUAAUUGGGCAGGACCAAGAUUCCCUGGGGGGCACCUUCAGGGAGAAGGAGUCCUUCAGUGGGAACAUCACUGACUUGCACAUCUGGCAGAAAGUCCUCAGCGUGGAGCAGAUUGAGAAGGUUCGGUCAUGCUGGGUAGUAGAACAAGACCUUGUAUUUGGGUGGAGCUCAAAUGCUCUGGAGGUUGAAAGCACCGUUCAGGAAAUGACCGCCCAGUUUCUUUGCCCAGGGCCUGUUGAGGAAUGCCAAGUUUUUGAAGUUGGCAGCGGUGGAUUCAGUUACGCAUCUUGUUUGCAGUCUUUGCCUUUUAUCUGUCGCUACAGAAAGGAUGCAUACUGGCAACUGAAAAAAGCUCAGCUGGAAUCCAGCCAUUCGCUUGUCGGCCGUGUGAACGUGCUUGCAGAGAGGACUGUGAUUCCUGAGAACGUCUUCACAAGUGAUGUCCAAGACAUGAACCUCUCUGUUGCUCUUGGUGCUCUUGAUGUCUUAGCAACAAUUCUGAGAGAAGGAGAGACACCCGUGCUGGAGUCGUCUGACCUCCUUGUGGUGCUUCAAUUACUAAAGCAAAUUUCUGAUGUGGAAGUCCAGGAGGGAGAGGAGCUGGAGAUGUUGGAGCAAUUGGGCCAGUACUACAUGGAAGUGACUGAGUUAAUCUUGGAAGAGCAGAAUAUUGAAACGUGGUCAUCAGUCAGCCAGGUUAUCAGAGGGCCCAUGGCUGUUGUUGAGCUCUGCGACAGAAUGGUGUCACACUUAGCCCCACUGCUUACCUCAGGGAGGACAAAGAUCACGAUCCAGCAUGGGAAUGUCGGGAUGGAGGUCAGGAAGCUGGAGCUGAGCAGGCAGGAGCUGAGCAGUGAGGCAUACCUGGUCCAGAGCUCUGAGGAAGACAGGCAAGACCUCAUUGAAGUUCCAGCAGAAGAAAUGCAAAGACUGAAAGCCAGAG